AUGGCGGGCGAAUCUGAUGCGGAGAGACGUCGUGGCAGACUAAAAAGCGUAUCCCCAUAUGCCAAUGUGUUCAUGCGACUGCGCCAGGUGCCCCUCACGAUUUGUGUGAUGGCGUGUCUUCUCUUCGUUCACGUCUACCCAUCCACUUCUACGUCGGCGCAGCUCGAUUCUACUCAAAAUGAUCUCUCUGGUUUUCACAGAAUGCGCUUACGGGCCCACCGACGACGACAUCGCCAAAAACACGGGGACAAAGACCAUGAUGAACUGGCUGAACUACUAGAAAAGAAAAAUACAGAUAAUGUGGAGCGGAAACGGAAUCCAAAGAAUGCCGAAACUCGGGAAAGGAACGAAGAGCUGUGCGCGGUAGAGCGUGAGACGAUCGAGCUAAACAACGCUCGUUUUGAGUACGAGCCUCCGUUUAUCGAACAUGUGAGGUGUCGAAUUCAGGCCGAAUAUGGUAGACGAGAGCGGGAACAUAUGACGCAACAGACAUGCGUGCACGGGCUACUUCGAUGUGUACAACGAUAUUCAGAACGACAUGUAACACGUCGUGCCCGCCAUUCCGAUACCUGGGAACCGUAUACGAUAACCGAUGUUCCAACCGCCUGUGAAUGCAUGUGGCCGGCCGAUCGAUACGGACACCUUGAACUC